CGGCCGGCCGGCGGGGCUCGCGCACUCUCCCUCGCCUCCCUGUCCCCCGUAGCCUCCGCCCCGCCAGGCCCGGCCCGGACCCCGAGCCCCGGCCUCUUCCUCUUUCUCGGUCACCGCCGCUGCUGGGCUCGACAGCCCCGCCCGUCGCUUCUCCUCCCAGUUUGAGAAGCCGAGGAAGGAAACAGGGAAAAAUGUCGCCAUGAAGGCCGAGAACCGCUGUCGCCGCCGACCCCCGCCGGCCCCGAACGCCAUGAGCCUGGGUCCCCGCCGCGCCCGCUCCGCUCCGACCGCCGUCGCCGCCGCCACCGCCUCCGACAUGGACAAGAACAGCGGCUCCACCAGUUCAUCCGCCUCUUCGGGCAGCAGCAAAGGGCAACAGCCGCCCCGCUGUGCGUCGGCGGGGCCAGCCGGCGAGUCUAAACCUAAGAGCGAUGGAAAGAACUCAAGUGGAUCCAAGCGUUAUACUCGCAAACGUGAAUGUUCCUACCCCAAAAAUGAAAAUUUUAGCAACCAGUCCCGUCGCUCCAAUUCACAGAAAAGCAAAACUUUUAAUAAGAUGCCUCCUCAAAGGGGUGGCGGCAGCAGCAGCAAACUCUUUAGCUCCUCUUUUAAUGGUGGAAGACGAGAUGAGGUAGCAGAGGCUCAACGGGCAGAGUUUAGCCCUGCCCAAUUCUCUGGUCCUAAGAAGAUCAACCUGAACCACUUGUUGAAUUUUACUUUUGAACCCCGUGGCCAGGCGGGUCACUUUGAAGGCAGUGGACAUGGUAGCUGGGGAAAAAGGAACAAGUGGGGGCAUAAGCCUUUUAAUAAGGAACUCUUUUUACAGGCCAACUGCCAAUUUGUGGUGUCUGAAGACCAAGACUACACAGCUCAUUUUGCUGAUCCUGAUACCUUAGUCAAUUGGGACUUUGUGGAACAAGUGACAUUUCCCAAAGGUCCACCCUUAUUACAUUUUUGUGAUCUUGCUCGCUUUCUUGUAGAUGAACAGCACAGCCAGUACUCCAAGUUGCUGCUGGCCUCUAAGGAGCAGGUGCUGCACCGGGUAGUUCUGGAAGAGAAAGUAGCACUAGAGCAGCAACUGGCAGAGGAAAAGCACACUCCUGAGUCCUGCUUUAUUGAGGCAGCUAUCCAGGAGCUCAAGAUUCGGGAAGAGGCUCUGUCAGGAUUGGCUGAAAGCAGAGGAGAGGUCACUGGUGUUGUGGCUGCUCUGGAACAACUGGUGCUGAUGGCUCCCUUGGCAAAGGAGUCCGUUUUUCAACCCAGGGAGGGCAUGCUAGAGUAUCUGUCUGCUUUUGAUGAAGAAACCAUGGAAGUUUGUUCUCUGGAUGCUCCUUCCCAUCCUCUUGCUCUCCCUCUGGUAGAGGAAGAGGAAGCUGUGUUGGAACCGGAGCCUGAGCGGUCAUCAGAGGUCUGUGAUGACUCGGAGUUAGCAGAUGACAAUCUUGGGGAGAGGACCAUUUGUAUUGACUCCAACCAGCAGGAACCCAUCACAAGGCCAGGCUUCACACAUCUGAACAGCUCUCCUUGUUACUACUUUUACCAAGCGGAGGAUGGGCAGCACAUGUUCCUGCACCCUGUGAAUGUCCGCUGCCUCGUGCGGGAGUAUGGCAGCCUGGAGCAGAGCCCAGAGAAGAUCUCAGCAACUGUGGUGGAGAUCUCUGGGUAUUCCAUGUCUGAGGAUGUUCGACAGCGUCAUAGAUAUCUCUCUCACUUGCCACUCACCUGUGAGUUCAGUAUCUGUGAACUGGCUCUGCAGCCUCCUGUGGUCUCUAAGGAAACCCUAGAGAUGUUCUCAGAUGACAUUGAGAAGAGGAAGAGACAGCGCCAGAAGAAGGCUCGGGAGGAACGCCGCCGAGAGCGCAGGAUUGAGAUGGAGGAGAAUAAGAAACAGGGCAAGUACCCAGAAGUCCACAUUCCCCUAGAGAAUCUACAGCAGUUUCCUGCCUUCAAUACCUAUACCUGCUCCUCCAAUUCUGCUUCGGGUCCCACCAGCACUGAGGGCCACGGGGCCCUUUCCCUUUUGCCUCUUAGCAGAAGUCCAGGUUCACAUGCAGACUUUCUGCUGACCCCUCUGUCACCCACUGCUGCCAGUCAGGGCAGUCCCUCCUUCUGCGUUGGGAGUUUGGAAGAAGAUUCUCCCUUCCCUUCCUUUGCCCAGAUGCUGAGGGUUGGAAAAGCAAAAGCAGAUGUAUGGCCCAAAACUCCAAAGAAAGACAAGAACAGCUUAGUUCCUCCUGCCCCUGUGGACAGCGAUGGGGAGAGUGAUAACUCAGACCGUGUUCCUGUGCCCAGUUUCCAAAAUUCCUUCAGCCAAGCUAUUGAAGCAGCUUUCAUGAAACUGGAUACACCUGCUAUUUCAGAUCCCCUUUCUGAAGAGAAAGGAGGAAAGAAAAGAAAAAAACAGAAACAGAAGCUCCUCUUCAGUACUUCAGUCGUCCACACUAAGUGACACUACUGGCCCAGGCUACCUUCUCCAUCUGUUCCCCCCCCCCUUUGCUUUUGUUUUGCUGCUGUAAUUUUUAAGUAUUUGAGUUUGAACAGAUUAGCUCUGGGCGGGGGGAGGGAGUUUCCACAGUGUGAGGGGGAACCAAGAAGAAUUUUAAAUACAGUGUAUUCUCCAGCUUCCCGUCUUUACACCAAAAUAAAGUAUUGACACUCAAGAGAAAUUUCUUCCUGCCAAGGCUUAGUUUAUUGCUAGGUUAGUCUUUCUGACUUGUAUGUAAUUAGUUUUUCUCCACCCAAAAUAAGUUCAAGUCCCUUCAGCAUCCCUUGGAAUCAUCCAAAUCAGAGUGGCACAGCACUGCUCUGCUAUGCCAUCAUGUGUGAAGGCUUUAUGGUUUCAGCACAUCUAUCAGUCUGUCUUUUAAAAAUAGUUGAAUCCUUCCUACCUGUUGAGUUCUCCUUUGUUAAAGAAACAGAGGGAUGGCAAUAAAAUGGAUUUAGGAUGCCCAGAUU